GCGUCAUCACGUGACCUUCUGGGUGUUUCUUAGUCACAUGAUCCUGAUGUCAGUCCGAGCAGCAGCGAUAAAGUGUUACAAGACGAGCAAAAUCCACCUCGCAGCAAGCUUCCACAAGAUCUAACAGAGCUAAACUAGUACCAGGAGCAUCUUUCGGUUUCGUUAACACAGAGGACGCUUUAUCAUCUCAACAAAUCAGUGCUCUCGACUUGUUUCCUCUUUCUAUUUGUUGUGACGCUAAGGUUCGCCUAGCUAGCACAACAGACCCUUAGCUAGCUAGCUGUUGCAGAGAUUUCGCCUUGACGAGCUGAAAAACACAGCCGGAGAGAAACCCUGAAACAUGACGCAGAUCUGCGGAGUCCAGUCCUGGUGCCUGGGAGUCACAUUCUGGUUGAUUUUAGCUGCUGUCCUGCACCAGGGAUUUGCUACUGUUGCCCCGCCAACCACUGCUGCCCCGCACAAAGACCUCGGCAGACCUGAAAGAGGAAACUACCUGGUGGCUGGCAGCAAUGGAACUGCCUGUUUAUUGGCCUCCAUGGGUCUCCAGCUAAACAUCUCCUUCAGCUCCGCCUCCCUGAAUAAGACUCAGCAGGAGGUCAUGAAUCUUCAGCCCAAUGUGACCAAGAGCUCCGGAUCAUGUGAGGCAGACAGCGCCUCCCUGAGGCUCACAACUGAUGCCGAUAAGACCAACCUCACUUUCUACUUCACCCUGAACACUACAUCCAAUAAGUACCACCUGAGUGAAGUGUCUCUGUCUGCUGCCUGGCCUGACAUGAAAGAGCCCUUCUCAACCCACAACAACAGCCUGGACUACCUGCAGGGCACCAUGGGCUUCUCCUACAUGUGCCAUGAGGAGCAAACCCUGGAUGUCACCCAGGAUUUGUCCAUCAACACCUUCCAGCUGCAGGUGCAGCCAUUUGGCCUCAACGGGGGUCAGUUUGGAGCAGCUGAGGAGUGCCAGUUAGACGAGGAUGACAUGUUGAUCCCCAUCAUCGUCGGAGCCGCUUUAGCAGGCCUCGUCCUCAUCGUGCUCUUGGCGUACCUCAUUGGCAGGAAGAGGAGCCACGCCGGCUACCAAACCAUCUGAGGUCGCUUCAAUGUUCGCAGAGGCCAGAGCGCUACUCCCCCUCCCUCCCCUACCAGAUUAACCCCUGUCCUCUGAGACUUAACACUCCACCCUGUCCCCCUUUCCUCUAUCUUUCCAUCCUCCACCCCCCCUGCCUCUGUGUGUGCUGUUCUUCGUCCUCAUCAGUAACACUAGUCACUAUCACUCUGUGCAGGUUGAUAUGCUCUUUCUGAACUGACCCACUCCUUCAGUUAAAAACAUGAGGGACUUUGUUUGGAGAUUGCAGUGAAAUAAGGAAAAGUCUUCAAUGAUACCAAGUGAAGCAGGGAUUGAAUGUUGAUCAGAGGGUCUGUGCGAGUCCUCGUUGUACUAUUUAUGAUUUCUGUGAAAGGAAUUUCGAGGGAUUACGGGAUUUGAGGGAAUUACUUGUGUAGCUUUUCUUAUUGUUUUCUUCUUUGUGGGCGACCCUUUUUAAGUGGUGUCGCUCUGAUUAAGGUUUGUUACAUAAAGGGAAUAUUCCAGACUGUUAAAGGUAAUCCCCUUUAGAGUUUUUAUAGGGGUCCGGAUAACUCAGAAUUUAGCACAAAGUACAAGGAUUUUAGGGAACACACUAAAAAUACAGUAACCUAAUCCCAACAGGGAUUCAAGAGUCUUCUAAGUAGUUAAGAUGAAUUAACAGGUUUGUUUUAUGAAAUGGGUUUGAUGAUGAUUAUUUCCUCUUUUUGCUUAAGUAUGCAGGUACGCACACAUUUUGACAUUUUGUAUGGAGGGUGAAAAUGCAGUUUUUUGACUUUUUCACGUCGUUAAGGAAGUGCGUGAUUGCUUUCUCGCCUAGAGUUAAAGAAGAGGAUCAAUACCACUCUACUGUUGGAUAGAAUGAGUCUGCAGCCAGCUGGAGGUUAGCAAAGUUUGCACAAAGACUUAAAUCAAGCGGGAACAACUUAGCCUGCCUUGCCUGUGCACAAUGACACAAUGAUGCAAAAAUCCACAUACCUGCACCACAAAAAAAUGAAGUGUGCAAACAACACAGUUAUAUUUUACACUAUAUCAGUGUGUUGUUUCUACACUUUAAUGAUUGCACAGAAUAAAAAGAAGUCAGUGAGUCUGAGAGGUGUUGGUCGGUGGAUUUGAUUAAUCUUGCACAGAGCCAUGCUAGCUACUUCCCUGUUUCCUGUCUUAAUGCUAAGCUAAUCCUACCCUGGCUGAUGUUUCAUACUCAAACAGUAGAGUUCAGCCAAUCUUAUUAAGCGUUUUGAGAUUUUGCCACUCUUUUGGAUUCUGCUGUUACAGUGUGCACACAUGACAGGAACUGCUUAAUAAAUACGAGGAGUACCAGAACUGAUUAGGUGCUUGAAAAGCUCAGGACAUUGUUUAAAGAGUGAAAUAAUGUUGAAGUGUUACAAUCCACUGGGUGGUUUUCUUUGUGUUAUUUUUUCUUUUUUUUUGUUUGCUCUCUGAAUAUGUACCCACUUGGGUUUUUUUUUUUGAUCGCUUGAAGUGAAAGAAGUUGCACUAAAGUUUAAGAAGCAGCCCCAAGUAAUGAUUGAAGUGGCCAAAAAAACGCUCUGGUCAGUGUUCAUCAGUGCCUUCCCAGCUGUUACAGAGAUGGGAUUCAAGUAAAGCCAAUUACCACAAAGGUACUCACUCGCUCACUCACACUGUGUGCUGUCAUGUCCGGGACAUUUUCUCUGUCUCACAUAGCCUUCAUGUACUGUUACUGUUACUACCAUGAAUAUGCGUUGAUUGAUAUAGCAGGAGAAAAUGCAGACCUUUGUUUUUUAUGCCCCCCCUCCCCCUCUCAUCUAAAUAUCCAUGUAGUGAUUUAAUAAGGUUUUAAUGUGUUUGUUUGAACUGUUUUCUAAAGGAGAGGUCAAUAAAAGUGAAUGAACGCUG